ACUGACUGCUUGGUCCCGCCCAACGAGACACGCGGACUAGAAGAAUAGAAGUUGCUACAGUGUAAUAAGUGAUUUGUGUCUCUCUAUUCUGAGACCGUUUUACCUUCGUCUAAAACCCGCAGCGCAGAAUUAAAGUUCCAAAAUUGUAACACGCGGUUUGUUUUGAUACAUUUUAGAACGUUUUUGCUCCAGUCAAACGCCAUAGCGCAGCACUGUAACAAAGUAGUUUGUCUCGCGACGGUCAUUGUGCAACCAGUGGAAUAGAAGGAGAACUCGGAGUGUUUGCGGUUACCAGCCUAAACAGUCCCGAGGAGACGAUUUUGGAUGGUGUUUUGUGAGCGUUCAAAGGGAAUGAGAGUAAACGAGGGAAGCACGCUUUGAGCACUGAAGCGUUCGAGUGGCCAGUGCCAUGAAACUGAAUCCACAGCAAGCCCCGUUAUAUGGCGAGUGUCUGUUGACUGUCCAGCUCUGUGAGGAAGAGUGUGUCGAGGAUGAGGAGGAUGUAGAGUUUUACCUACUCUUCGCUGGCUCCACCCAGAGGCACAUUUCCAGCACUUUGAAAGUCAGCCAUGUCACGCUGCAAGCCGUGUGCCCAGCUCAUGAUCAGAGUGAAACAGUGCGGGUCACGCUGUGCCAGGCCCGGCCGGGGGGCUCAGUGGACCCUGUUGCCGAGGAACGCUUCCAGUUCGUGCAGGACCUUGCCCUGGACAUGGCCCAGUUCCUAGUGAACACGGUUGGGAAGAAAGAGGGAGCGUUACUUCUGGACGAGUGUCAGAUCCCCCUGAAGGAGUGUGAGAGGUUGGAUGAUGCCCUGGCUCUUGCUCUUAGACAUCUGCCUCUGCCGGCGGGCUGGAGCGUCCUGGGCACAGACUGGGACACGGGCACUUGCACAGGCUUGAGAAUUGAACCUGGACCACAAGACACACUUUUGCACUUUGCGGCAAAGCGCGGGCUACGCAAGGUAGCACUGUUUCUCCUCCAACAACCUGGAGGAAGAGAGGCCCUCCGACUUCCCAACAAACAGGGUCGUACGCCAGCCAGGGUCGCCCAAAAGAAAGGCCACACGCAGCUCCAGAAACUGCUGACGGAGGUUGACAAGCUGCCCGAGUUGGAGACGAAAACAUCC